AUGGCAGUCUGUUGGAGUAUGUGGAUUUUGAGGAGUAGAGUUAUAUUCAAAAACGAAAAUAGUAUCGUAUUCGAUUUAGUUUGGAAUAUCAAAGCUUUGGUUUAUAGGUGGUCUUUCAUAUGUAUUGUUCGAGUUACUCUUGGGAAAGGGGAGGUCGAAAGUCAUAUUAUAAGCAUUGUAAAACCAUAUGCAAUAGACUUCGAUAACCUUGAUGCAAACGAGGAGAUUGUUUGGGACGCAUGGUUGUUAGAACGAGUAUUCAUAAUACAUAUCUUCAUUGUUAAAAGCAUAUCUCUCAAAUGUCGUCUUGCUUUCUCUCAGGCAAUGAAAGAUGCGCUCUUCAAGGUUCUUAGAUCUGGGAAUCAGAAAGCCUUGCAACAACAUCAUAUUUUGGCAUGCUUAAAUACUUGGAGGGAUGUAAAUGGUCUUUCAAAUUUAGUUGUUAGUGUGUUGGGUAGCUCUGAGCAAGAAACGUUGGGCCAUGAGGGAGUUCAUAUUGACGAGGGAGAUGCAAAGGUGAGCUCCAACGUCAAGCAAUGUCUUUGUAAGGUUGCAGAUGGCCAUUUCACAACACUUGUGAAGGUGUUGGGUUCAUCUGGUGUAGCCCCCUAUAAUGCACAUACUAUGAAGGCUUUGGAGGCUAAGCAUCCUGUUGCACCCCAAAAUUUGCCCUCUCAUUUUACUUAA